AUGUCUUCUCCUUUCCCAACCACAUCUCUGAAAUUGCAAGGCGUUCAGAUCUUGGCCCCUGUUCCACAGGAGGCUAAACACAUUUUCAACCAGGAGGCCUUGGGUCUCGUUGCUACUUUGCACCGUGCUUUCAACGGUGAGAGAAAGCGUUUGUUGGCUAACAGAGAGAAGCAGCAGCAGUUGAGAGACGAUGGUGUCUUGCCAGACUUCUUGCCUGAGACUGCUCACAUCAGGGAGGACCCAACCUGGACUGGUCCUCCAUUGGCCCAGGGCUUGCAGGACAGAAGAGUUGAAAUCACUGGUCCAACCGACAGAAAGAUGGUUAUCAACGCUUUGAACUCCAACGUUGCUACUUACAUGGCUGACUUUGAGGACUCCUUGACCCCAGCCUGGAGAAACUUGGUUGACGGUCAGGUUAACUUGUACGACGGUGUCCGCAGAAACGUCACUUACGAGGCUAACGGUAAGUCUUACAAGUUGAACUUGGACCCAAAGAGACACAUUCCAACCUUGAUUGUCAGACCAAGAGGCUGGCACUUGGAUGAGAAGCACGUCUUGGUUGACGGUGAGCCAGUUUCUGGUGGUAUCUUUGACUUUGCUCUCUACUUCUACAACAACGCCAGAGAGACCUUGGAGCGUGGCUUCGGUCCAUACUUCUACUUGCCAAAGAUGGAGCACCACUUGGAGGCUAAGUUGUGGAAUGACAUUUUCAACCACUCCCAGGACUACAUUGGUCUUCCAAGAGGUACCAUCAGAGGUUCCGUCUUGAUUGAGACCUUGCCAGCUGCUUUCCAGAUGGACGAGAUCAUUUACCAAUUGAGACAGCACAUUGGUGGUUUGAACUGUGGUAGAUGGGACUACAUCUUCUCUUUCAUCAAGUCUUUGAGAAAGCACAAGGAGUUCAUCUUGCCAGACAGAUCUCAGGUCACCAUGGCCUCUCCAUUCAUGGCCUCCUACGUUAAGUUGUUGGUCCACACUUGUCACAAGAGACAGGUCCACGCUUUGGGUGGUAUGGCUGCUCAGAUUCCUAUCAAGGAUGACGAGGCCAGAAACAGAGCUGCUUUGGAGAACGUUACCAAGGACAAGUUGAGAGAGGUCACUGCUGGCUGUGACUCUUGUUGGGUUGCCCACCCAGCUUUGGUUCCUGUCGUGUUGAAGGUCUUCAACGAGCACAUGAAGGGUCCAAACCAGAUCAACGUCCCACCAAAGGUUCCAUACAAGCCUGUCACCGCCAGAGACUUGUUGAGCCCAUACGUUCCAGACGCUAAGAUUACCGAGCAAGGUAUCAGAACUAACUGCAUCAUUGGUUUGUCUUACAUUGAAGCUUGGUUGCGUAACGUCGGUUGUGUCCCAAUCAACUACUUGAUGGAGGACGCUGCUACCGCCGAGGUUUCCAGAACCCAGCUUUGGCAAUGGGUUACCCACGGUGCUCUCAACGACCAGGGUCAGAAGAUCACCAAGGAAUACGUUGCCAAGCUCUUGGAUGAGGAGUACUCUAAGUUGGCCAAGUCUGCCCCAGCCGGCAACAAGUUCAAGCCAGCUUUGGACUACUUCAAGCCAGAGGCUUUGGGUGAGAAGUACUCUAACUUCGUCACCACGUUGAUCUACAAUGAUGUCACCACCAUUGGCAGACCAACCACUGCUGAGAAGUUGUAG